AUGCCCCCGAGGCAUCGUUCCCUGCCUCUCCAGCUCUGCUAUUCGACUGGUUGCGGUCAUGAGACCUUCGGGACCUCACUGGAGAGUCUGAGCGAUCACGGCGAUGUCGUCGAUAGGACCGGCUGCGGUCUGGAGACCUUCGGGACCUCACUGGGGAGUCUGAGCGAUCACGGCGAUGUCGUCGUCGAUGGGACUGGCUGCGGUCUGGAGACCUUUGUCGAUAGGACGGGCUGCGGUCUGGAGACCUUCGGGACCUCACUGGGGAGUCUGAGCGAUCACGGCGAUGUCGUCGUCGAUGGGACUGGCUGCGGUCUGGAGACCUUCGGGACCUCACUGGGGAGUCUGAGCGAUCACGGCGAUGUCGUCGUCGAUGGGACUGGCUGCGGUCUGGAGACCUUCGGUGACGAAUGGGGGAACGGUUACGCGACCUGGAUCGAGAUCGAGAAUCCCUUGAGUCUGAGCGGUCACUGCGAUUAUGUGGCCCUUGGAAAUGAGAUCGGUCGCUGGGCGACUUAG